UUUACUAUUCUUCUCUUUCUUACUUUUAUAAUCACCCUUUUGGUAGAGUCCUUUCAUAUUUUAUUUUCGUAUGCCUUCUUCUUCGAGCUAAUGGUUAAAGAGUUGUCACUAAUGUUCCUCCUUGUUUCACUUUUAUUCGUCUCAACUACGGACAUAACGUCAAGAAACUUUACUAUAGAGAACAAAUGUGAUUACACUGUCUGGCCUGGAGUUCUAACCACCGGGACUACUGUUCUGAACUCCACCACCGGGUUCCAACUUAAUAAAGGAGAGUCGCGUGUCAUCAGUACGCCGUCUUCAUGGACUGGUCGUUUUUGGGGUAGGUCUCUUUGCUCCACCAGCUCAACAGGUAAUUUCUCAUGUGCUACCGGAGACUGCGGCUCGGGCAAAAUCGAGUGCUCUGGAGGCGCAGCGCCUCCAACGACUCUAGCUGAGUUUGGCCUUAAUGUGGCGAACGGUCAGGACUUCUAUGACGUAAGUCUUGUGGACGGUUACAACCUUCCGUUAGUGGUGGUUCCACAGACGCAGAGUGGCCAGACAUUGUGUAGCAGCAUAGGUUGUGUAGUUAACCUGACCAAGACUUGUCCGACGGAGCUUCAGGUCAUGGGAAGGUCCGGCCAGGAAGAGCCAAUUGCUUGCAUGAAUGCUUGUCAGAAAUUCAAAACGCCCGAGUUCUGCUGCACGGGAGAGUACUCGACGCCUAAGAAAUGUCCACCGUCGCUUUACGCCAAGAAUUUCAAGAACGAGUGUCCACUUGCUUAUAGCUAUGCUUAUGACGACGAUGCAACCACCACGUUCAGAUGCUCAAACUCUCCUAACUAUGUCAUCACUUUUUGUCCUCCGAUAACUCCGAACAUCACCAACUCAACCUCAACGGUUGAAUCUCCCUCACAGUCUCAACCUCCCAAGGAAACUAAUGAAGGAACAAAACAAAAAUCAUCAUGGAAGUUGAAACUCAUACUUGGAGUCUCAGCAGCUUUAACAGUGAUGAUCAUUAUCAUAGUCGUGAUAAUAGUGAAAAGAAAGAGUGAGUGGAAUGACAAGAACGUUGAAGCAGUUGUAAUGUUGAAACGUUAUAGUUACAAAAGAGUCAAGAAAAUGACAAACUCAUUUGCGCAUGUUCUUGGAAAAGGAGGAUUUGGAAUUGUCUACAAAGGAAAGCUACCUGAUAGUGGUCAGGUUGUUGCGGUGAAGAUCUUAAAAGAAACAGAAGGGAAUGGAGAAGAGUUCAUCAAUGAAGUAGCUAGCAUGAGUAGAACAUCUCAUGUCAAUAUUGUUUCUCUCCUUGGAUUCUGUUAUGAAAGGAACAAGAGAGCUAUAGUCUACGAGUUCAUGCCGAAUGGAUCCCUCGACAAGUAUAUUUCUAAAAAUAUGUCAACCAAGAUGGAUUGGGAAAGAGUAUAUAAGAUUGCGGUAGGUGUCUCUCGCGGGCUAGAGUAUUUGCACAAUCGUUGUGUCACGAGGAUUGUACAUUUCGACAUAAAGCCGCAAAACAUACUUAUGGAUGAUUAUCUUUGCCCUAAGAUUUCAGAUUUUGGUCUUGCUAAACUAUGCAAAAAUAAGGAAGAAAGUAUAGUCUCAAUGCUAGAUGCUAGAGGAACAGCAGGAUACAUUGCCCCUGAAGUAUUUUCUAAGAAUUUUGGAGGAGCUUCGCAUAAGUCAGAUGUGUAUAGUUAUGGGAUGGUGGUUCUUGAGAUGAUUGGAGCUAGGAAUAUAGAAAAGCUUAAUAAUGCUCAAUCCAAUAAUAGUUCAGUGUACUUUCCAGAUUGGAUCUAUAAAGAUUUUGAGCAAGGAGAGAUUUUGAGGAUUUUCGGAGAUCAAAUAACCGAAGAAGAAGAGAAAAUUGCGAAGAAAUUGGUAUUGGUUGGUCUAUGGUGUAUUCAGAUGAAUCCAUUUGACCGUCCACCAAUGAUAAAAGUCAUUGAAAUGUUAGAGGGGAGUCUAGAGGCUCUGGAAGUUCCACCUAAACCUCUCUUUUAUUUACCCGCAGCAACAGCUCGAGAAACUCUGGAAGAUAAUGAGACUUCAAUCUUCUCUAACCUAACUCAGUUUGAAAGAGUCACUCCUUCAGCCAGUGAAGAUACGUUACACUUUUCCAAAGAAGUGGUUCAACAAUUUGAAGAGACUCAACAUAGAUCAGGGUCCUCCUAAACUAAAGUCAAUAAGAGAGGGGAUGUCUUAAAAAUUGUGCCAUAUCUUGAGGUAUUCUUCUAAAGACAGAGCUAGAACCAAGGUGUUAUAUAUAUAUUUCUCAAUAGCCAAGAUAUCAAGAAACAUAUUUGCUUCUAGAUAAAAAUCUUAUAUACAACUAGAUAUGGUUUCAAAUUUUUUUAGUAAA